UGGGGCAAGUUCCAAGGAUAAUCCACCUUAAUUUCCAAUAUGAAUGUUUCCUACACCAGUAUUCUUACCUUCAUCAUUUCAUUAGUGAUAUUUCUUUAAUUCAUUAAUAUCUCUCUGAUCCAUAUGAGCCGUCUUAAAUUCUUGAGAUAAAGCACUCAAUUGUAUAGUAUACUUGUGUUGUUGCUACUAGAGAUUACAUUCCAUUCAUCACAAAAAAGCAAUUAUGAGGGGGAUUCAAGUUAAUCAAUAUAUCAAGGGCCCAAAAGAGCUCAAAGUAACCGAGCUCCCCGAUCCAACACCCAGGCCGGACCAAUACCUCAUUGAGGUCCACGCCGCCGCCACCAAUUUCUUCGACAUACUCCAAAUUCAAGGAAAAUACCAAAGUCAACCUCCCCUUCCAUGGGUCUCCGGCGCCGAAUUCUCAGGCAUCGUCCUAGCAACUCCCACAAACGCCAAAUCCCCCAAAUUCCCCAUAGGUAGCCGGGUCUUCGGCGCGAGCCAAGGCGCAUACGCAACACGCGUAUGUGCCGCAGAACCCGAACUCCUCCCGGUACCAAACGGAUGGUCCUUCGUCGACGCAGCAGGUCUCUUCGUCACCGCGCCCACAAGCUACGGCGCGCUUGUCCUACGCGCCGGUAUCAAAGCCGGUGAUUGGGUAUUAGUCCACGCGGCUGCGGGUGGAGUCGGACUCGCUGCCGUGCAAGUCGCUAAAGCGUUCGGCGCGACGGUUAUCGCGACCGCGGGGACGCCGCGGAAGUUAGAAGUCGCGAAGCAAUUUGGUGCGGAUCAUGUUGUGGAUUAUCGCGAUGCGGGUUGGCCCGAUAAAGUUAAGAAAUUGACGCCGAAGGGUAGGGGUGUGGAUAUUGUGUAUGAUCCCGUGGGCGUGGUGGAUAAGAGCACUAAGUGUAUUGCGUGGAAUGGGCGUAUUUUGGUUAUUGGGUUUGCGGCGGGGCAGAUUGAGAAGGUGGCUAUGAAUAAGGUACUUCUUAAGAAUAUUAGCUUGGUUGGCAUUCAUUGGGGUGCGUAUGCGAAGUUUGAGAGGGAAUCGAUUCCGGUCGUUUGGGAGGGUAUUGGGAAGUUGAUAGAGCAGGGCAAGUUUAAGGGUACAGUAUUUGCGGAUAAGGAGUUUGUUGGACUGGAGAAUAUUCCCGAUGCGCUGUUGGCCUUGGGAAGCAGGGAAACGUGGGGCAAGGUCGUUGUGAAGAUUCCGCAAUCUGGAGAGAGCAAGCUAUAGGGAUGCAUUAUAAAACCUCUUUACGAUUAAAGCAUUUGUAGAUAGAUGAUACGAAAUUAGACCAAACGGCU